AGUAACAUCAGAGCAGCACUGACAGCAGAUGCAGUGAGUUUACUAAUGUCUUAGACUAGUCUUCAAGCUUCAGCUUCUUUUUUCCUCAGGCUUCUGCUAGAGGCAGCUAGCACACUCCUGGACUGAGUGUACUGGGAGUUAGUCCUCCCCCUUCUCAGGUGCUGCUCCUAGAAGCAUUUUUCUCACUCAGAGCUGUGGCCCUCAAACAGGGAACUGGGGUAUUGAACCUGGGCCAGCAGACUUUGCAAACAAGUACCUUCACUACUGAUCUAUCUCUCCAGCCCAAUUUCAGAGGAAGAAACAUUACUUGUUUACCACUUAAAGCUUCAAUGUUCCAGCUGACAGCCACCCCUUCAAGUGCCCUUGCAGAUGAGCCUGUGGCUAUCCGGGCAACAGGCCUACCUCCAUCCAAAGUGGUGACCCUCCAGGCCUCCCUGAAGGAUGAGAAAGGGAAUCUGUUCCAGUCCAGAGCCUUCUACAGGGCAAACAAGGCUGGUGAAAUAGACUUGGAGCAGGAUCCGGCUCUUGGAGGUGACUAUGUAGGGGUCCAUUCCAUGGGCCUCUUCUGGUCUAUGAAGCCCACGGUGGCUUUCCAGAGGCUGCUCAAGCGGGAUGUGAUGAACAGCCCCUUCUGUAUCACUCUGGAUCUGUAUGACUCUGUCUGCUUCAAAGAUUCAGCCACAGUUCCACCCAGGGUCAGCCAGAUGGUACAGCGCUGGUUCUCUGGCCCUGGGGUGCAGCGGAAGCAGAUCCGGGAAGGUCGGGUACGAGGAGCACUUUUUCUCCCUCCAGGGGAAGGUCCUUUCCCAGGAAUCAUUGAUUUGUUUGGGAACAUUGGGGGUCUAGUUGAAUUUCGAGCCAGUCUCUUGGCUUCCAGUGGCUUUGCAGUUUUGGCAUUAGCAUAUUUUGCCUAUGAAGACCUGCCUGAAAAGCUGCUGGAGGUGGACCUGGAGUACUUUGAGGAAGCUGCCUCUUUUCUGUUAUCUCAUCCCAAGAUCCAAAGGCCUGGCAUAGGUGUGAUCUCCGUGAGCAAAGGCGCUGAGAUUGGGCUGGCCAUGGCCUGCUACCUGAAGCAGGUGGUCGCCACCGUCUGCAUCAAUGGAUGUAACAUGGUCGUUGAAGUUCCACUUAGGUACAGGGAUCUGGUUGUGCCACCCAUCCUCCCAGCUCUGGAGUACAGCCAAGUCCACAUGUCCGGGGCUGUGAGCCUCCAACGCUGUUUUGGAGAACUCCUGAAUAAGUCGAACCAUCAGAGUGUGCUUCCUGUGGAGAAGGCUGAAGGGAAGAUCCUCUUCAUCGUGGGAGAGAAUGACGAAUGCAUACACAGCAGAGCAUUCGCGGAGCGGGCCAUGGACCAGCUGCGGAGCCACGGGAGAAGCACUGGAAGGAUGCUAGCCUAUCCCGGGGCUGGCCAUCUCAUAGAGCCUCCCUAUGCUCCCUUGUGCUUCUGGUCCUGGCAACAUAAACUGGCCUGCCCUGUGGUCUGGGGAGGAGACCCUGUUGCUCAUGCAUCAACCCAGGAGCACGUCUGGGGAGAGAUCCAGAAAUUCUUUAGGCAACACCUUGUAAAGACCACAAACAAACUCUAAGCAAAGGAGUGAAAAAGUGGGGUGGGGCAAAAGGCUGGAAUUGGUGUGUGUAUGGUGGGGGGAGAGGGGAGAAUGAGUAUAAAUAAGGCAGGGGUGGGGAAAGGGUGUUCUGGUUUCUUUAGAUUCACAAGUCACCCCAAUCAACUGAAAGGAAACUAGGCACAAUUUAUAGAUCAGGAUGUGCAUGUAUUUGAAGUGUUCCUGACAACUUUACAUGCUCAUUGCAGUUUCAGAAACUGAAUCUUAGUUUAUAUACAUUGGGGUUGUUUGCUAUUCUGCAAUGAUAACUUUUUAAAUUCAAUGAGCUUUGAUUUUUAUACCCAGGUAAGGAUACCUGGAAUCCAGGCAUUUCAAAUUUAAAUGAAUUUCUUGAGUACACUUUCUGUUUAAAUUAUUUUAAGCUGCGUUUCUGAAAUUUGUUAUAAAAGUUCUUAUACCACUAUCAAAUAUAAUACUUGUAGUAGAUUUCUAGCAGAUACCCAAAGAGCAGUAUGAUAGUGAUGCAUUUAUUUAUUCUAGGUAUAUAUUACGAUUUUAAAUCAAGAAUGGGAUUGAAUUUAAUCAAGUGCCUUUGUAGCAUUUAUCAAAAUUAAAUGUUAAUGUAUCCAACACUUUUAAACCAAUGUCUUCCAUAUAGCGAUUACUAUAGCAGAGUUAGCUGUUCUGAUUUUGAUAAUGCUUUCCUCCUUCAGUUUCUUUUUUAAAAAGAUCUUUGUGAGAGAGCUCAA